ACGUACAUGUACGUACGCGAUCUUUGUACUGUACGAAUCGGAUCAUGUCACCGACUAGAAUCUAGCCAAUCGGAAACUCCAGAUCUUUUGUUUACGUUCUUUAUGCCAAGGCUAGGCGGGGCUAGAUUGAAGGCUGACCGUGUGUUUGUGCCUAGCCAGACAGCUCGAGCCGGCCGGAAAAUGAUCGCUAGAAUCAAAAGCUGGCACGGAUACAUGCAUGCAUAGAUCGAUAUCCGAAGUGCAGGAAGGACUGAAUAUUUCGCUAGAUGGUCGUGCUAAAUUUACGUCACUUAAAUACAGACAUGAUGUGGUUGGUGAUCGGCAUUUGUUCUUCUCAUUUUCUCGCGAACACACCUGUGAGCAGACAAUGAAUGUUUACUUCAAACACUACCACUGUAUCAGGUGCACCACAUUUUGUUGAAUUGAUCGCUUGGAUACGCGGACUGCAUCAUUUCGGGCAAGACUAAGUGGUCUCCGAAAAAAAAGUAGUACAUUUUCAGGCAAUAUUGAACUUGAGAAACAUUCCAAUUGGAGGAUGGCAGGAUCAGAUGAUUCUAUCUCAUCGGCUGCUUCGUCAGGGUCGGAUGGAGAACACUCCCCCUGUCCUGCCUCAUUCGCAUCCUCAGCAUCCUCCUCGGCGCGGAGCAGCAGCAUCAAGAAGAUGAGUAGGAGGCGAGAGGUUGGCCCCGCCUCUACUAUCCGGCACCGACACCGUCACAAGCUGAGCCACCGGUUUGAGUUUGUGCGGACGCUGGGAAGUGGUACCUACGGGAAAGUCAAGCUGGCUGUUCAGCUAGAUACCAAGGAGGAGGUUGCUAUCAAAUGCAUCCCUAAGAGCAAGAUUGACAAUGCAGCUGAUCUGAGACGAUUACGACAAGAGAUCGAAGUGAUGUCAUCACUACGUCACCCACACAUCAUCCAGGUGACAGAAGUAUUUGAGAGCCGAGAUAAGAUCAUCAUGGUGAUGGAGCAUGCCGCAGGCGGGGAGCUGUAUGACUACAUCAACGAUGGUAAAGUGUCAGCAACGGAGGCCAAGAGAUUGUUCAGGCAGAUUGUGUCCGCUGUUCACUACCUGCAUAAGAAUAACAUUGUUCACCGAGACUUGAAGCUAGAAAACGUCUUGUUGGAUGCAGACUCCACUGUCAAGAUCGCUGACUUUGGCCUGUCCAGUACCUUUGGUCACAAUCGUCUCUUGGACACGUUCUGCGGCAGCCCGCUGUACGCAUCGCCCGAGAUCAUCAACGGAACUCCCUACCAUGGACCAGAGGUGGAUUGCUGGAGCCUCGGCGUGAUUCUAUACGCCAUGGUCUACAGGACCAUGCCGUUCCACGGGGCCGACUUUGCACAACUCAAGUCCCAGAUCACAGGGGGAGAUUUCUUUGAACCCGCCAGCACAUCAGAUGCCUCAGAUUUGAUCCAUCGCAUGCUGACAGUGGACCCAAGGAAGAGGAUCACGAUUGACGGGAUCCUGAACGACCCCUGGCUCAGGGACAGGCCACUUCCCGGCCGGAAAAUCCCGGAUAUCUGCUGCCAACAAGAACAGGAAUACCGUGAAAGCGGCACUGGUGCUGUGCACAGUAACGUCAAAACCCAGGGGGACAGAUCUCUGGUAGACUCAUUGCAAGCGACUGUCAAGAAGCCGCUAACGAGUAUCUUAAAGAAAUCGCUGCGGAGGUCCAGUCACAGGCUCGGGUCCAGCGACAGCGGGUUGGGGUCCUCCACAGGGAGGGAGUCAUACCGGAGACGUGAGGAGGACCGAGUGAGUCCCGCGGGGGAAAGGGAGGAUGGCGGAAAGCCACGGGUGAAAAAGGGCAUCUUGAAGAAACAAGGAAAAGACAGUGGAGGAGACAGUGGAUUAGGGAUUAAUGAGUCCGGACAGAAUAAGAGCAGUGCAAGCUUAGAGUCCAGCACGGAGCGAGACAGAGAUGGAGCGAAGGAGAAGAAUAAAAGAGACUCCGGAAUCGAUCAGGAUCUCUCAGCCUGCUGCUUGCUCAACGAGAAACCAAGCCAGGAGACAUGUCAACUCCGAGAGCCCAACCGUCUCAAGUACGUCUGCAAGAUCACCCGACGUCACUCGCGGGGGAAGUACUCGCGAGUCACCAAGAUUUGGGAGUCCAUUUACACCCCCGCUGUGGCAAGCAGCUCAGAGAUCAAAGCUCCGCCGAAAACUGUGGAUGGUGACAAGGACGAGGCAACUCUGGAACACAACUCCUCCUGCUCCAGUAACGAGGAUAUCCUGGGCAUUCUGGACUCGCCCAGCCUGCGCACGCCCACCGUGGCCAAGAAAUUUCAAUAUUCAGUCGAGGAGGUCAAAGCGUCGACGACAACGGACGGGGAGGCAUCCUCAUCAACGGCCGACCAGGGAGACGAGGAGAAUUACACCAAGGAUGAACUCAUGAGUGCAAUGGAUGCAGAAUUAUUGGAGGUCUAUCAAAAAGCUCUGAGAAUAUCUCAAGCUGUCAUGUGAAAUUUACUUCAAUUUUUACAACUUUAUAAUGCAAUAGAUGUAAACAGGGUUUCAACUGUCCUUUAAUGAUGCACAGCAAAUGAAUUCACUUUUGAUUAAGUGAUCUGGGGAAAUUAAAAAAAAAAUCCCCAAUUUUCAUUAUUCAGGGACUUUCACAAGUGGACUUUGACAAAAUGAGGGAAUUUUUCACAUUUAAAAUUUGAUUUCAGUUUGAACCCAAAUAUGUUGUUGCUUAUUUAUUCUAAUUUUUACUUAAAGUUUAAAAAAAUGUUAUUUUUAGCAAAACCAAAUUGGUCUUAUCCCAAAACAAGGCUUGCAACAAUAUCCAAGAAAAUCUAAUUCUGUAACUGGUCGUCUAAUUCCAGAUUAUCCCUGUUGAAACAAACCGUUUAAAUAUAGCGAGACAGAAAUGUUCUGAGAAACGUCCAAGCAGCGAGCCAAACAUUUAUGAAAGUCGCGUGCCAUCCCCGGCCGCUGGGAUUGGAGAAACAGAUACUACAUUCCAAGAGAUCCACUUGUCUUCUCAUUACAAGAUGACGUUCCGAUCUUCCCGUCACCCUGACUUCCAGAAAACUCACUGCCAAGAAUGUCCAAAGCAUCUGGCAGAUAAAUAAACCACGUUCUCAGCAGAUGUAUUGGGCUGAAAUUUUAAUUAAGGGUUUGUGUAAAAUGACGUCUGUGGCCAAAGCGAAUAGUGCCUCACGCGUGCACGCAUGUGUGUGUGUGUGCAGGACACCCAUUAUUUUUAGCCCUUUGCUACGCAAAUUGAAAGUUGAUUAUUUUGUGCGCUCCUUGCUUGAGUCGAUAACAAGUCAAAUUAAUGUCAAUAGUUUUUGAUUUCGUUGUUUUGACGUCUGGUUCCUCUUAUUUGGCAGUGGAGGAAUUUGGAAGAGGAAAAAGAAUAGUGGAAGUAAAUUGAGCUUGUUGAUAUGGACACAUUUGUAUGAAGCAACUAAUCUUCGUGACAUUUGCAAGCAUGUUUAUUUUUAAUUAUUAUUUUUGAUGUUCACUGUAUAUCAAGCAACUUUCAAUGAAUUCAUUGAUUUUGACUUUGGCUUUUUGUCAAUACAAUUUAUGUUUAUGGACUUGACAGCUUUGUUUAUGAAAUUUUGCAAAACAACACAAAAACAGAAAGCCAUUCAUUGGGAUAAGUGACCUUUUCUUUCUGAAAACGUUUGGAAGAUUGUGAGGCACUAGCAACAAAACAACAGCGAUGAUUUGAGUAUCGUCAGCAAAAUGUUUUGAAUAUUCCAAAGUGUGUCUGAUUCACUGAACAUAAGUAUUAUGUUAUGCAUCCCAUAAUGGUAGUUUAAUCUAGUGUCUACACAUUAUCUUAAUUACUUGCUUGAUUACCUAACUCAUUAACUACAGAGUUAAUUACUUUAAUUAGACAAAAUAAAGAAAAUGCGCAAUGGAUGUCCUUUUAAUACAUGUAUGCCCACUCACUGUAUACAAAGAAUUGAAUCCAAUCCGACGAAAAGGGUUGAAAAUUGACUACUGGAAAGGCAGCUCAAGAUUUGGGAUGAAUGGUGAAUUUAUGUGCAAUUACUGCCUGAGUUAUAUGUAUACAUGUACAUAUUAUCCUGAAAAGUCAUCAAAAUACCAAGUAUUUUCUGUAGAAUAAUAACAACUUCCAUUUCAGGGUCAAACAUUGCUUUGACCUCCCUGUACAGACAAUGAAAUCUUGUAUUAUAGAUGAAUAAUAAUUUCUACAAUGAUGUUUGUAUCUUUUUUAAUCCGGAGUUAAAACUUUUUGUUUGAAGAUAGGAUUAAACUGUACAGCAAUUGUUUUUUCUUAUUCAGAACUGCAUGUACAAAUGUAUUAAACAAGAUUUCAGCAAUAUUGCUGUUGUUACCAAUUCCAACUCGGUCAAAUUCUCUUAGCCUUGUCAAAAACGUGCUAAGUGAAGCUCAUAAGUUUUGUUUUGUAUUGUUUUUUUUUAACACUUUGAGGGGCACACCCAUAGUACCUGAACGGUGUAGAACGUUUGCCUUUAAAACUAUGUAAUUAUUAUAUAACUAUUUCUUUUAUUUAUUUUUAAGUUAUUUGUAUUAAUUUUUAAGUUUUGGUCUGCUUAUUCAAAAGCAUUGAUUUUUUUUUUGGGGGGGGGGGGAAUAAUUUAAAAGAGGAUCAUUCGUUUAUCAUUGACAUCUCAACUUAGUAAAAUGUAAAGGAUCUUUCCUUCAAGGAAAAAGUAACAAUGCUGCUUAAUUUUGUUAUGCAUUAAUUAAAGACCUCUCGUAGAAUUUUGUAA